AUGUCAAAGUAUUUCCCGCGAUUGUUUAGUCAAUCAUCGGUAAUCGAUUCUAUCGAUGCACUUAUCGAUAGCAUUCGUAAUCAACUUUUCAUCACCACGGAUAUUUCACCACAACAAAUAGAGGUUGAAGUUGAAAAAAUGGUACAAAAAUUCUUUAUACAACUCAUACCGCCAACAUUUCUCUGUAUGACAACGGGUCCAUGCAAGUCUGUUUCACAGUCAUAUGCUAAUUGUUUGCAAAGUAAUUCACCGUUUUGGAAAACAUUCUUUGGAAUGGAACCCACUAAAAUUAGUGCUAUUUUAUGGCAAGCAAUUAUGAAAUAUCGUCUCAUCGAAAGUACCAUCGCUAAAUUACACAGAUUAGCUAUGGAAGUUGAAGUUGUUAAUAAUUCAUGCAUAAUACGGCAUGCAGAGAUGACAACAAGUUGUGCAUCAGUUUGUAUUCCAUUGAAGGAAGAAGUGAUGGAUUAUUGCAGUGAAGAUUGCAAGCAUGCAGUGCAUGAUUGUUUGCGUGAAGGUGCAAGUGAUUGGGAUAGUUUCAUAGCAAUUUUGCAAAAAUUAAUCAUCAAUUUUGAUAAAGGUUUCAUUGAGCUUGAAAAAGGUAUCAUUCAAUCUAUUUCGUAUGCAAUGGAAAUGCAAGCUCCAAUGAUUGCUAAAGCAGUGCUGAGAAAAUGUGGACGAAUCAGUUUUGCUAAAACGUCGAUCAGCAUUCGACAUAUUGAUUAUCAGAAACCGGAUUCGGUACAACAACGAGCAGUAUUUACAAUUCGACAGGUAAAGCAAAAAAAAAAUGAUUCAAAUGAUUCUAAUUUAACAUAA